GUCCAUUGUCCCUACAGUCAACAACGGCCUCCCCCUCUUCUUCGUCCUUCUCCUCCUCUUCGCCUUCCUCUUCGUCUUCAUCGUACUUGAUCUACAUCCUUGCCCUGAUCCCUCCCCUCCUUCUUCUUCUCCACUCUCCCCUCCAUCCAGUCUCAUCCUCCAUCCUACCCCUCAUUCUCCUCUCUGCUCAUGCUGCACUCAUAGUCACUGUCUUUGUCCAUCACAGCCACAGCCGUAUCUGUAACACUGCUCAUACUCCCAAGACACAGCUCCCUCACCUCAUCCUCUCCUCUGCAGCAACUACCUCUCCCACCCAACCCACACCCAUGUCUAAGCUCAUCCACUCCUCUCCCUCUUUUUCAUUUUCUUCUCCUUCUUCUUCUUCUUCUUCUGCUCCUGCUUCUGCUUCCUCGUCCAAUCCUAUCUUGUCAGCAGAACAACCACCCUCCUCUGUCCCUUCUACUUCUACAAGUGUCUCUGCUCAAUUCGUCUUGGCCAUGACACCUAUCAAGGACCCAUUCACAGCCAACAUCAUCCACGACACCACCAAUACCGCCUUCGUCAAGACCAUGGCCCUCGUCGCCGAUGCUGGUGCAGACGCUGGUGCUGCUGCAGACGCUGCCUCCGUCCGAUCAUCUACUCCUUCUCUCCACUCUACUCCCUAUGCCUCUGCUCCUGCUUCCUCCUCCUCCUCUUCGUCAUCUUCAUCAUCAUCCAACAUACCCACAGCACCUCCAGCUAUGCGGCCAUCUUCAGUCGCAACCCCCACAGCAGAGUCUUCAUCCUCGCUCAGGGCACGGCCCUCAAUCGAUAUACCGCAGCCCCAAUCGCCCAUUGGACUUCACCAUGCGCUCGAUGGCAACUAUCCUGCAACUCCGAUCGCAAAACCCCCUAACACGACAAGGAUCCUCCCUCGUUCGAUCGAAUCCUGUGUGCAGGACACGCUGGCCAAGGAUCCACCCCAGACCUAUAGCCCUACACCUUACCAUCCAUCCGCGUUCAAUCAACAUCGCAUCAUGACACCGACCAGUCGUCUCGCAGAGACUGCAGUCGGUGUGCGCGAAGUGUCUAAAAAGAUUGGUCGGGCAAGGGUCAAAUGGGAGACACCAAAGACGGUGAUGAUUGUCACAAAGCCAGGCGAUGAGUCGCUUCUAAAAAUUACUCGAGAGAUCGCCCUCUGGAUGAUAUCCUGUCGCGGGCUCACUGUCUUUGUAGAUGAGAAAAUGAAGGAUCUUCCCAAGUUUAGAUAUCCAUCGUUUUUGAAGAGCUCCAAGUUAGGUUAUGACUAUACCCAGUCCUUGAAGUUCUGGACAGCCGAUCUCUGUGCACAGGAAGCUCAUUUGUUUGACUUUGCUGUCACUCUCGGCGGAGAUGGCACCGUUCUCUUUACCAGCUGGCUUUUCCAGCGAAUUGUCCCUCCCAUCCUGCCAUUCUCAGCUGGUUCGUUGGGGUUCCUCACACCAUUCCCCACUGUCGACUACCAGCAAACACUCAGCACCUGUCUAGAUCACGGAGUGCGCGUCAAUUUGAGGAUGCGUUUCAGCUGCACCAUCUAUCGCUGUCUUGAACAGAGGGAGGUCGAGACACGGAAAAAGAAGAAGCGAAAGGGCGUUCGACAAAGUAAAAAGCAUGGAUCGAGUAAUCAGAACAUACCUGAGGCUGACAGCGAUGACGACAGCGAUGCCAGGAUGCGUUUGCCCACUGUUCUCACUACGCCGACUGAAACCUUUGAGAUUUUGAACGAUCUUGUUUUAGACAGAGGGCCAAGCGCAAAUCUCAGUCUGCUGGAAUUGUUUGGCGAUGAGGAGCAUUUGACGACUGUGCAGGCCGAUGGCAUUGUGAUUUCGACACCCACAGGAUCGACUGCCUAUUCACUUGCUGCGGGUGGCCCUCUAACCCAUCCAGAGAUCCCUGCGAUUUUGAUCUCGCCUAUCUGUCCCCACACGCUGAGUUUCCGACCCAUGCUGCUGCCCGACUCGAUGGAGCUGCGCAUUUGUGUCCCUUUUGAUUCACGUUCGACUGCCUGGGCGAGUUUUGACGGCCGUGGACGAGUAGAGCUGAAACAGGGAGAUCAUAUCAAGGUGACAGCGAGCGUAUACCCGUUCCCGACGAUCUGCUCCAGCACGCAAUCAUCGGACUGGUUCCAUUCACUCUCGCGCUGUCUGCGGUGGAACGAACGGGAGCGACAAAAGGGAUUCACAGUAGUAGAGCACAGUCGACCGCGAAGAGCGCGGCAAUCCUCUGCAUCGUCUUCUCCUGGAGGAAAACCUAGCAGUGUUGCAGGUAACGGUGGUGCUGCACCUGGAGACAAUACCACACCUUUUCCAGACAAUUUUCCGGGAUCAAAUGGGACAAGUCAUAAUCCACAUCAUAACCAUGGACGCGGGCAUCAUGGACUCAUUCAUCAACGAAGUCAGAGUGCAGUGGAGGCGUCGCAUGUGAGUGGCAGCAGUAGCGCGGGUAGUUCGCGGGCAAGGCGGGCGGGUACGCGGUCCGGGGUGACGAGUCCUGUGGUAAGGAAGAGCAGUGGUGGUCAGAACGAUUAUUUUGAGCAACUGCAGUCGCCGCAUGAUACGGAUACGAUGCUGACAUGCUGGGGAACGGAUGAUUCGAGCGAGUCGGAUGAGGACGAGGAUGAGGAUAGUGAGAAGGAGUAUGAGAAGGAGGAUGCGGCGGAUGGGGAUGGAGAGUGGGAGGAAAGCUCGAGUAGUGAUGAUGAUGAUGAAUAUCCUGUCCAGGAUAUGGCGGGGGGCGCGGAUGAAAAGGGGCACCGAAUUGGCGCAACUGAUAAUACGGGGGAUGGUGGAGGGAGCGAGAGCGGCACGGUUCUGAACGAGACGAUACCGAAUGUGCCGAUUGCGCCCGCCGGCCUCGUUGGGGCACUUGCGAGCAAGCUAGAACAAGCAUCGCUGCAUAAGAGUUUUGGCGCGACCACCACCGCGACGGCCGCGACGACCGCGACGACCGCGACUACGACAACAAUAACACCAGCCAAGGAAGCGGAGAAGGCAGCUGUAGCCCAGACAUUCCGCUUUACCCCUUAAUAAACAUCCGCGUCCCCCGCGUGACAUCAUCAACUUUG